GCCUCCUCUCACGGGGUUUCUUGUAAACAUUCGCUAUUAUGCGAGUUCAUAUUUCUUUCGCUUUCCUUCAACUGCCUCUCUCCACUUCCUCUCUCUCUCAAACACACAGAAGGACACAAACGCCACACCGCUCUCAGAGAGCACACUUGAUAACAAACUGGACUUUAUAAAGGCGCUUCUGCUCCGCUGAAGAAGAAAGAUGACCGCUCUCUCCGGUCUGUCUGCGCUCCUGUGUUUUAUCGUCUACGUCAGCACAGAGAGCGUCCCAAUCCCUGAGGAUGUGAGAGUGAAAUCACUGGACAUGGGAUUAGUUCUGGAAUGGGAUCCACCACAAAACACCACUAAUAAACUAUUUAACUACACGGCUGAAAUUAAAAACUGGAGAGAUUUUUAUGAGCCAAUAUGUGUCCGCAGCUCAUCACUAAGCUGUGAUUUCAUUAAUAAUAUUACCACUUUUGGAGCUUACCAACUUCGCGUUCGGACAGAACUACAUGGAGAAACAUCUGAUUGGGUGGAGACUGAAAACUUCAAAGUUGAUGAAAUAACUGAGAUUAGCGCUCCUCGUGUAGAACUGACAAGCAGAAAAGGACAAACAGAAGUUGACAUCACUGAUCCUCCUCUGAAAAAAAGAGACUUGAGAGAUGUCUAUACGCAUGUUUCUUACCUCAUCCUUUAUUGGAAAAAAGGAGAGGCAAAAAAGGAAGAACUAAUAAGAGACCAGACCAGAGUUAUGUUACCAAAUCUAGAGCCUUUGGUGAACUACUGCGUCGAAGUGGCGGUUUUGUAUAUGCCAAAUAAAACAAGCCAGUUCAGCAACAUGACCUGUGUAACCAACUCAUCCAGCCAUGAGGCAGAGCCCGGGCUCAUAGCAGUUGUGCUCCUGGUCAGUUUUCUGGUGGUGUUAUUUGCUGUUGUCCUGAUCUUUCUGGCUGUGUGGUACAGCUACAAAGUAUGCAGAAUUAUUUUCCCUGAUCCUAAACUGCCAGAGAACCUAAAACAGUUUUUGUCACAGCAGUCCCAGUCCCCCAUACUUUCGGCCAUGCAGGAGAGCACUCAGCUGAAGGAGCACUUUAAUGAGCUGAGGAUAUUUCAAAUGGAGCCUGACAGCUCUCAGGACAAUCAGCAGAUAGAAGAACUAUUCAGAAUUCAGACAGAUAAAGAUGAGUGUAUCGAAGCAGACAUUAAACACAGCAGUGAGGAGAAUUCUGAAAUGGCCAGCACCACAUCAGAAGAGAAGCAUUUGCUUGCUGAACUGACAUUGCUAUAAUACCAUACCAUAAACAUUUGAACUGUUUGAACUAGUGAUGCAAUGAAAUUUUGCCAAGCAAUAAUAUACCGAAAUGGUUUUGGAGGGUCAAAAACAUUGACUGAAAACCGUGAGUUUUUGUUUCAUGCACACAAUGUGGAUAAGCUGCAUCUGUGUGGAAGCUGCCAAAAUUGAUUUCUCUUUUUUAAUCAAUCUUCAUUUUGAUGAAUUGAUCUUAAAUCCCAGGAAUCAAUCUUUUGUGUGUAUUUUCAGUUGAUGCGUGAACACAACUUCACCCAACGCUAUUUGUAGUGUCUGCCCUAAUCGCAGUAAGUUCUGUUCUUUGUUUCUUUUGAUAUGAAACAAAACCUCAGCUUUCAAAUUCUGUCAUUUUUAUUACGAAAUUCAAACAAUAAAUGUGUUUACUGCUAGUUACAGCAGCAAAUAAACAUGAAUGAACAUCAGAAGGAAUGUUGAAAGAUACAGAACAAUUUACUGAAAUGAAUCAUGUCUCAUGUAAUCGAUCAAUCAGUGUUUCAACCGCAGAAAGACGUCAAUAAAACAGCUGGAGAACAAUGUCACAUUUACCUCAGAAAAGCCAUUCAGUGUCUGUAAACUCGAUAGUUAGAAAAAAUAACUCUAGGGAGGAGCAUUUUGAUACAUAUAUGCACUAUAUUACAUAUUCAUUAUAUUUGUACUUUACCUGUUAGUAAUGUCCCUGUUAUUAAUGUUUGAAUAAUUCUUUCAUUAAAACAAGUUGUGUUACAUACACCAUUUAAAAGAUCAUAUUUCAACAACAAACUGGAAUAGAAACAAAUUUAUAUUAAAAAAAGUUGAUAUUAAACUGCCUUGCAUUGCAAUUUAAAUGUUUAUAUACAACCAUUUUUAUUAAAUAAACUUUUAUUUUUAUUUUUGGCUUCAGUUUUCAGCUAAAUUAAAACUUUACCCUUAUUUCCGGGGAUAAAAAAAUGCAUCACUAGUUAGAGCUGUUGAGAACUGAUGUCAAGGCAAAACUCUGUGGCUUUUUGAAUACAUAAUGGAAGUGAAGUUUAUGUGAAGAAUGUUUUAUUUAUCAAAAUGUUUUAUUAUUUUGUUAAUAUACGCCAUGACAAUCAGGGCUGCCUGCAGAUGGUUUUGUGGCAAAUAUAUGAUUAUUAUUAUUAUUAUUAUUUCUUUUGUACCUCAUAUCAAUGUUUAAAUGUUCAUUAAAGUUAGACUUUGCAAGACUGAUAA